UUUGAAGAGCAAGUCGUGGAAGAUCACUAUUCUGUUAGUAGUCCUAGAAGAGUCCUUAGUUUUUCAAAGAGGAAGAGGGGAACUGUAUCCUUUCAAGACCCUGAUGACAAGCCUUCAGGCUUUGGAGAGCCUUCAGGCUUUGGAGUGUCUGGAGAGCAUGGACUAAAAACUUCGGAAGUGUAUGGUUUUGUUGGGUCUAUUACAACUAUUGUCGCUACAGUUAUUUUCUUGAUAUGGGCAUAUGUUCCUGAACCUUGUUUACACUCGAUUGGGAUCUUUUAUUAUCCCAAUAGGUAUUGGGCACUGGCCAUCCCAACUUAUGCGAUGGUUACCGUAGUCCUAACACUUAUGUUUUACAUUGGCCUCAACUUCUUCUCGACUCCUCCUGCAACUUCUAUAAGUACAAUUUAUGAUGAAUUCAGCAGAGAACCUGUAAAUUCUGUUCGUUCGACCAAUGUAGACGAGCAACCCAUUGAGCCCAUUUCUGAUAUUGGUAUUGAUAAGAUAAACACUCUCAUGUUUACCGAUAUAAAAUGAUAGAUUCACCUUUGCAUUCUGCUUCAUAUAUAUUAAUUGUCUGUUUUUGUUUCUUAAUGAAUGGAUAUGUGAAUUUUACUGUUUACUGUUAUUGUGAACAACUGAACCAUUUGUGUAAUUGUUUUUAUGGUUAAGUAUUAAAUUCAUAA